AUGUCGCUGAUUUCGCUAAGCUCCGUCUCUCCAGAUGAGACAAUCAUCAAGCUCCCCCACCCGUAUCUCACCGAGUACGCUGUGAAGAAGGUUCCGUCACCAUCAGGCAAUGAUGCCCAGUUCUUCCAGCUCGCCUUGAGACCAAGCACGAGGUCUCACAACAAGCAGCCAUCGUUCGAGCUUCAUAAUUCCAACCUUCGAUUUACCGAGCCCACCGAUCUCAAGUCCAGUGAAGCCCCUCCCCCAUCCAACAACGGAGCAUGGGGACGAGCAAGACGGUCGCCAGCUGUUGCUGUCAACUGGGAGAGCAGCUCGGCCCCUACGCUUGCCCAGGCUUGGCUGCUUCUCUAUCUUCUCUUCACAGUUCGCCCGUCAAUGGAAUCAGUCCGUCUUGAGCUUAAGGGCCGUGAUGCGAACCGCCUUGGCCAGCAGCUUCAGGAUGUUCUCCUGGCCAUUGACCACCCUGCGCCCCCAAAGACAGUCUCUGCUCCUGCGCCCUCGACAAACCCCGACGAGAAGGUUGUUCUAGCUUUGCGAAGCACCUUCUGGCAAGGUGCCGGCUCCCCCUUUGGUCCCCGCCCUGUUUGGUGCCCCGACGAGUCUCCUUCCUCGCUGCCCAAGUCCACCCCAUUGGCCUCAUACCCUCUCACGCCGGUUCAACAUACCAUUUCCGUCGCCUCAGCCGGUGAUCCUCAAGAUCCAGAUCGCUACCAGCAAGCGUGGCAUCCUGUCCGCCCCGCCAAGCCCGCUCCCGGUGCCACCAUCUACAGCCGCUACAUCCCCCAUCUCAAGGAAACCUUCUCCAUGGUCUCCCUUGACUGGGAGGACGCAGAGCACCUUCGCCUCUUCCACGAGUGGCAGAACGACCCCCGAGUCUCCCAGGGCUGGAACGAGACGGGCACCCUCGAGCAGCACCGCGAGUACCUGCGCAAGAUCCACGUCGACCCCCACCAGGUCGCCGUGCUUGCCAAGUGGGACGACACCUACUUCGCGUACUUUGAGAUCUACUGGGCCAAGGAGGACCGCCUGGGCGGCUACUUCGAUGCCGGAGACUUCGACCGCGGCCGACACUCUCUCGUCGGCGAUGUGCGCUUCCGCGGACCGCACCGUGUGUCGGCCUGGUGGAGCAGCUUGAUGCACUACCUCUUCCUCGACGACCCGCGCACGACGUACGUCGUCGGCGAGCCCAAGGAUACCAACUCGACUGUCGUCAUGUACGAUCUCAUCCACGGAUUCGGGCUUGACAAGUUUGUUGAUCUGCCUCAUAAGCGCAGCGCUUUCGUGCGCUGCUCCCGCGAGAGGUUCUUCCAGCUUUGCCCGUUGCAUGAGAGUGAGAAGGCUGUGGGUGGAAUGAGGAUUGGACUGGUCCCCAAGCUGUAG